CACAAAGAUGUAUCGAGUAUUCAUCGCCAGUGCAGUUGUUGUGAUCUACAUUGCUUCGGCUUUUUCGGCUGAUACAAGUGUAAAAAUCGUUAACGGUGACGAUGCCAACAUAGAAGAUCAUCAAUGGAUGGUCUCAAUUCAGGUCAAAACUUAUAGAGAGGCUGUCACUGAAACUCAUGUUUGCGGAGGAGCAAUUAUUGACAGAAGUUGGGUUCUUACAGCUGCACAUUGUGGAAACGCGUAUGAUCCACUGGAUAUGAAAAUAGUAGCUGGAAGCUCUUUUUUGAGUAAGAUGAAAACACGUAUACCCGUAAAAAAAUACUAUGAGCACGAAAAUUAUACUGGGAGCGAAAAUGACCUGAUGCUACUACAGCUUAAGACGCCACUUAAAUUUGGGUCUACAAUUAACAAAAUCGACCUGGACACGGAUAUAGAAAAAAAUUAUACUGGUGAAGUGUGCACAAUAUCUGGAUGGGGAAAUACAAAUUCUGGUGAUGGAACAAAUAAACCGGAUCGUCUGCAAGUAGUGUCAAUGUCUGUUGUCACUAAUGACCACUGUCACGCUGGCUAUUUAGAUAUAUUUCCAGACAAGUUUUUGAACAAAAUAUGUCUUCAGGAGGGUGAAAAGGAUUCGUGUAAUGAGGAUAGUGGCGGACCUAUGGUUUGCAGUAAAAAGCUGGUAGGAAUACUAAAUUUAGGUAUUUCCCCUUGCAAAGGAAGGAUUCCAAGUAUUUAUGCCAGAGUCUCUGCUUAUACAGACUGGAUUAAAGAAAAAAUGAAAAUAAAAAAAAAGAAGAAUAAAAAAGAUCUGAAAAGCAAGAACAAUCAGAAGAAUAAAAAAGAUAAGAAAAGCAAGAACAAUAGGAACAAUAAGAAUGAAAAUAAAAAUAACAAAAAAAACCAAUAACUG